AUGUCUAAGCAUCGAAGAACCAAAUCGAGUGGAAAUUAUUUCCAAAUUAAUCACGAGUUUUUAGUUAAAGAUGAUGAUUUCGAAUAUAAUGAAACCAAAUUGAUUAUACAGAAAAUACAAUAAAUGGCUACUUAAACCUAAUAAAUUGUAGAAAAACUUGAUGAAAACACCCAAGGAAUGUAUAACAACUUAUUCAACUUUGGUAAAUAACAAUCCAAAGAAAAAGCUGAUCUCAAUCUCAGUUAAAUUUCAGAGUGUAGUUCAACUCAUUCAGCUGAGUAUCCCAGUCUUAAAAUACGCAACUCAAGCAUUUAAUCCCCCAUUCGUAUGCAUACUUAAAAUAGUUAAAGUUUACAAUAGACUAUUUAAUACUUAGAGUAAGAAAUCGAACAAAUGAAAAUCAAACAGGACGGAAUGCAUACAGUUAAUAUGUUUUUAUUAUAAGAAACUUAAAAAAAUCGUUAAGAGUUAUUAAGAAGUUAAAAAGUAAGAUUAAAUUAUAAAUAGAAAAACGAAGAAAGAAUUAAAUAACUCAUUAAAAAGAUAGACAAAGAUUAAUCGAAUGCAAAUGGUACUUCAGAUGGUCUAGAUUGA